CUUUCACACUCGUAGCUAUGGAAACUCGUGGUUAGCAACAUCCAGCAAUGUUUUCUGACCCCAUCCUCAUACCCAUUCAGAGGUGCUGAGAGUGUGCAGCUGCAGCCGACAAAUGAUACCCAGCAAGAUGGCGAUUGUGCGGCUUUUGGUUUGUUUUGUUCUGUACGCCAGCCUGGGCCACGUUCCUUCAUCGCUUGGGGUGAUCCUCCGAACCACAGACAAGAUUGUUUGGGUAAACGAGUUUGAGCCCAUCGAGCUGACCUGUUUAAUAGAGUCCAUCUCCACAAACAACCCGCGGAUAGAAUGGAAGAAGAUUAAAAGCGGCAUCCCCAGUUACGUGUACUUUCAAAACAAGAUCACAGGGGACCUGGAGCACAGAGCUCAGCUCAGAGAGCCAGCCAACAUUCUGAUCUUCAACGCCUCUCGAUCAGACACCGCAGAGUACCGCUGCGAGGUGGCCGCCAUCGAAGAUCAGAGAGACUUUGAUGAAAUCCUCAUUAGUCUGGCAGUUAGAGUGAAACCCGUCGUGCCACGAUGCAGCAUACCAGAGAGCGUCACGGUUGGAACCUCAACGGAGCUGCGAUGUUUGGAGAACGAGGGCUUCCCUGCUUCCCAGUACCACUGGUUUUACAACAAUGAAGAACUUCCUCGUGAUCCCAAAAGCAGCCCAAGAUUUGUCAACUUCUCCUACAUCAUCAACCCUGACACUGGCAGCCUGAAAUUUCGACGGGUGAAGAAAGAGGAUGCAGCCGAAUACUACUGCCAGGCACGGAAUGAUGCAGGAUAUGCCCAGUGCUCUCCACAAAUGAUGGAAGUCUGUGAUGUUGACAUCCUCGGAAUUUUCUUCAAGUCCUUUGGUGGAGUGACCGUAGCUGUCUGUGUUUUUGCUUUGAUUUAUUCCAUCGGACGUCUACGCUUCCACAACAAAACCAACAACGGGAACAACUACAACUGGUCACCGCGGAACGGUGCUGUCGACUAUGGUGAUGCAGAUGAGGGUCACUUCCGUCACAAGUCGUCAUUCAUCAUUUGACAGCUGACGAGAACCGAGAGCAGAACCCAAACAAGGCAAAAAAAUAAGUAAAUAAACACUGUUACGGUUAACUUGCAACAAGGAUCCUCAAGUAAAUAAGGUUUAUGGUAGAUCAUGGCACAUUUCUCUCUGAUGCACAUUAAAACCAGUUCAACUGACUUGCCAAAGCAUCAACUGAAUUUGUGGCACAAGAUUUUUUUUCCACAGAUUCUGUUUUUUUGGGUUUUUUUUUUCCUAGUCCUUGCUUGUGUUCAAACAUUUGUAUUUAUUUCGUAUUCUACUCUUUGUUUUUUUGUUUUUUGUUUUUGUUUUUUUUCCUGAUGAAAUUGUAUCUUACAGCGGGAGCAUUUCAAAGCUGUGAAAUUUGAUAUUUGGACCUCGGUGUUAUCACGAGUUGCCGUAAGCUGCAUUCCCUCACCUUUUUUUGAACAAAUCCCUUUUUUUAUAACCUUUGAAUUUUUUACUGAGUGCAUUUGUUUUAGAAAAGCAGUUUACAUGAUAUCAAAUACACGUGUCCUGAGUUAUUUGACAUGUUUUGUUUGUAAAUACUGUAGAUAAACAGGCUGCUGGUUGCAGGCUGCAAAAGGCUGUUACAUCAGAUACAUGAGGCACAUUUUUUAAUCAGUCUUUAUUAUAAUCUCAAAUGUUAACUAAUACGUAUGGAUUAAAUGACACAUUUAAAUUCCAUAUGUCAUACUAUGCUGCAGAGUAUGUGUUUGAAAAAAUUGGUGAAGUUUAACUUAUCGGAGUGCCGUUUUGUGUAUAAGUGACCUUUUGUGCUUUACUAGUUUCUUUGUGAGUAUUGGACAUAUUGUCCAGUUCUGAUUCAGUAUAUGUAAAUAAUUACUUACUUUUUUGGGAUCUAUUAUUUUUAUUCAUUGCACUCCAUAACUUGUAAAAUACAGGAGGAUUUUUUUUGCUGUUUAUAAUUUUCACAGUUGUGUAUUUGUUGUGUUGAAUCUGUCAGUAACAACAGUUUGUCCUGUCAGACACGUGUCGAACGUUCUGUGUAACAACCAACAACUCAUAAACUGUUGCAAAUGUCUGCUGUUUAUUUAGGAUUAUUGCUGUAUGCUUUUGUUUUUUGUUACUAUUAAAUACAUUUCAACUUCA